AGAAAUAUCAAAGCCCAUCCAUUCAACCCACGCGCGGAAACGAGAAAAGUAAAAUAUAUCAGCCCCAAAUUAGCAACUCACCGUUAAAAAAAAAUCCUCAACAGAAAAAAAGAAAAAAAGACCUCGAAGAAAGAUUGACAAUGGCGUUGCAGUGGAUGAUUCUAACGUACAUGGUCGCAGCUGAGGCAGCACUGGCUCUCCUCUUGACGCUUCCCUCUCCCAAGCUCUUGAAGAACCGUUUGGUCUCUCUCAUCUCUCUCAUUCUGCAACCUGCCCUCUUCAUUGUUCCCUUUGCCGGAUUCCAGCUCUUAGAUAUUUACUGGAAGAACGAGCACCGCUUGAUGUGUACCUCUGAGAUCUGCACCGCUGCUGAGAGAGAUCGUUACGAGAAAUCUUUCUACAAAUCUCAAAGAAACGUGAUUCUGUGCGUAACCGCAUGCCUGCUUUAUUGGUGCAUCCAACGCAUUUGCAAGUAUAACAAGGAAAUUCAGAGCUUGGAGGAAAUAGAGAAGAGAUACAAGGACGAGUAGUGUUGUUAACUCGAACAUAUUGGGAUGAGCUGCUGCUAAAGGAAACUCAUGUAUGUAGUACCCCCUCUAGACUUGAGACUGUUAUUUUAUAAAAAGCAUAUUUGCGGUAUUUGUAUGAUGUCAUGUUUCCUUUAUAGCUUAAACUCUCCUGCAUCUCUAGGCUUCAAUGGAGGUUUUUUUUUUUUAUCACUUUAGUACAAGAAACAUAUUUUGUUGUUAGUCGUGGUCAUAUUGAGGCUGAUCUUUAUAAUUAUUUCCUGGAAACUGCUCAUGAAUUUCAUUUACCAUGUCUUUUGGCAUGUGAAUUAAUUCGAUAUUACCUACUUUUAUAUAAA